GACUGCUUUUUCUUCCUGGCUGUUGGCUGUGAUCCUUCCAAGCAAUGGGACUAACAGUUUUCUCCGGGCAGUGAGUGCUGAAUUGGGGCAGACAGCGCUUUCCUUCUCUCUGGAAGAAAACAAGCCGUGAGGAUAAUUAAGGAUGUGCUGCCCAGAUGUGUCUCCCGCCUCCACUUUUCUCGUAGCACUGAUGUGCUUGACAGCUUUCGGCAACUUUGCUAAGACUUCUGCAGACUUCUCAGGUUACAUAUCACAAGUACUAAAGAAUUACACUGACCAUGCCUGUGAUGGAGAAUAUGUCUCCCUGAGGUGCCCUCACAGAACCACCAUCAGCAUCCAGUCUUCUUUCUAUGGCAGAAUUGUACCAAGUCACCAGAUGUGUCCUUCUCGCUCUCCCCGCUCCCACGCAACUUUAAUUAAGGAAGAUGUUGCCUGUUCAGUUGGCACUUCACUUCAGAAGAUGCUGGAUGAGUGCCAGGACAGACGGAGCUGCCGGUUCCUUGUCAGCAGCCGGCUGUUUGGCGUAGAUCCGUGCCCUGAAACAGCCAAAUACCUCCUCGUGUGGUAUAAGUGCAGGCCAAAUGAGUACAAGAGUAAAGUAGCCUGUGAAGAUGACAAGCUGCGGCUAAGCUGUAAGAAGAGCAUGGUGAUAGCCAUUUACUCUGCUAUCUUUGGAAGGACACGGGGAGGCAGCCUGGAGUGCCCAUACCAAAACCUAGGGAUGCACAUGAUUGACUGCAAGUCAGCUACUGCUCUCCAACUCAUGAUCAAGCGCUGCCAUGGGAAAAGAAGUUGUAGCAUAUAUGCCAGCACCUAUGAAUUUGGAGAUCCUUGUUAUCCCGGCAUCCAAAAGCAUCUGAAUGUCAUCUAUACCUGCGUUCCCAGGAAGCUUCUGCAUGAAACCCAGCCAAGGCCAAUCAAUUACCAAGGAUUUCAGAAGCCACAUUUUCCACUGCGACCAAGGCUGUUUGAUGCCGAUGUUAUAGGAGACGGCGUGUUCCUUUCUGAUGUCUCUCCUCCCGGUGUAGGACGUGCCCUCCCAGCAGAGAAGAAGAAAGGGAGGUCGGCCACCUUCUACCCUCUAGACAACACCUCCUUCCUGCUUCCUGUGGAUGAGACACAGCCACCAGCGUUCGCCAGCAGCAUGGAGCCCAUGGGUGUCAGCACAGAGAUGGCACUGCUCAGCAACAUCCUAGCAGCGUACGCCUUCAUCACAGAAAACCCCGAGCGCGCCGCUCUGUAUUUUGUCUCCGGGGUGUGCAUUGGACUCGUCCUGACCCUGCUGGCCCUGGUGCUGAGGGUGUCCUGCCGCACAGACUGCAAACGUUCCUCCACCAAAAAACCUCCCCGGGAGAGCGACAGCGACAGCAGCGACAGCGAUGGGGACUCGGACAGCACGUCGGACGUGUCGGCCCGCAGGCACCGCAGGUUCGAGAGGACUUUGAACAUGAACGUCUUCACUUCGGCAGAGGAGCUGGAGAGAGCGCAGCGGCUGGAGGAGCGGGAGCGCAUCAUCCGCGAGAUCUGGAUGAACGGCCAGCCCGACAUCCCCGGCACCAGGAGCCUCAACCGCUACUACUGAGAGCCGGGCGCCCGGCGUCCCGCUGCGCCACGGGGCUCCUCCAGCCUUGCCGGGCAGCUGGGAGGUGCUGAGGAAUGCCGUGGGGGUGCUUCCUCUUCUCCUUCCAGGAGUGCUGUGCGAUGGACAGCAGUAAAGCUUUCGCUGUCUCCUUUUCCCUGACGUAUGACUAUCAGCCCCUUCGUGGACACCUUCUGGUCACAUCAGAGGUGGCGACCAUCUUCGUUUCUGAGUGGCUGGCACGGAGCUGACAGUGUGAGUCCCCAGUGUGGAGCACAGAGCUUGGCACGCCGUAGUACGAGUGUUGCCACUUGUGGGGGGAGCAAAGUCAUCCAGGUUUUGGUUUUCAUUUAGGAAUGUUGGGCUUCCCUUUCCUGUGGACUCUGGGAGAACUGUGAACAAAGCUACAGCUCUGGAAAGAUGACUGGGGAGGGCAGGGGGGGACAUCCUGAUGGACUGUCUUGUGACUUCAGAAGCCAUGAGAUAAACCCCAUUAAAAACCAAUGGCAAAUAUGAGUUGUGAAGAACUGCGGAGUGAGGGGAGUGUUCUUCCAUCAUGAAAUCAUCUCGGUGCUUGGAUGUUUGCCAUAGUGUAUUCAGUUAUUUAUGGCUGUCUUUCUUUCAUAUUCCUUUUCAAUGGAAACAUUGUUUUUUUUAACCAACACCUCAGGGAUAAAACCUUUUUUUUUUUUUUUUUUUGGAGUCUGUUCUCCCUGCUGGUCCCUGUCAAAUACAACCCAACUCACCUCCAACAGUGAAAUUAUGGUAAUAUAGGAGAUGUGUCAGUGAUUGGUGAGAUGUUAACAACCUCAAAGAGGUUGAAAAGGCUUUUCUUUUUGUUUUGUUUUAAAUAUAUAUAUAUAUAUAUAUAUGAAGAUGCUGCACAGGAGUGUGCCUUACUCUUUUUUUGUUGUUAAACUGAGGUUUUCCUAUGGAUAGCAAUGCACAAUUUUUUAUAUAUUUUAUUAAUAAAAAUGAAAAAGGAAAAGGUCUAUGUUUACUAGAAGAAAAUUGAGACAAAAGAAGCCACAUAUAACAACAGAAUGGGUAAUAAAUGCUAAAUAAAUUCUAGUUUGCUUCAAUACAUUUGAAUUUGCAUCCUCACUUUUGAUGCUUUUGUUGCUCAAGGAAAAUGGUUUGGAAGAGUAACACACCUCUGCAGGCAAUCCAGGCUGACAUGCCUUGCAAGCAGGAACCUGGAGGCACUUUUAUUUGGCCUCAGCCCAUCAGCCUGCUUCUGCAGUGCACAGGAGCAGCUGAGCGAUGCAUUGCUUCCCAACAGCCAUCCCAAAGCCUACCUGCACUAAGGGAAAGAGUACCAGUGAUUUCAUGAUGCUUUCAGCCUGUACAGCAGUCCCAAAUCAUACCUGAGCCAGAAGCAAAUGUUAAUGAAACAAAGUAAUAGAUGAGAAGAAAAAAAAAGGUGGAAGUGCUCUUUCAGUUGUCCUGUGGAAUUUUCAGUGGGUUAGUGACACAUUCCACCGGGCCCAGAGAGUGAUGGUGAAUGGAGCUGAAUCCAGCUGGCGACCGGUUGUGAGCAGUGUGCCCCAGGGGUCGGUGCUGGGCCUGUCCUCUGCAGUAUCCUUACUGAUGACCUGGAUGAGGGCAUCGAGUGCACCCUCAGCAAGUUUGUGGAUGGCACCAAGUUGGCUGGAAGUGUGGAUCUGCCUUGGGGUAUCGAGGCCCUACAGAGGGAUCUGGGCAGGUUGGAGAGCUGGGCUGAAGCCAAUGGGAUGAGUUUCAACAAGGCCAAAUGCCGGGUCCUGCACUUCGGCCACAACAACCCCAGGCGACGCUACAGGCUUGGGGCGGUGUGGCUGGAGGACUGCGUAGAGGAAAUGGACCUGGGGGUAUUGAUUGAUGCUCGGCUGAACAUGAGCCGACAGUGUGCCCAGGUGGCCAAGAAGGCCAAUGGCAGCCUGGCUUGCAUCAGGAACAGUGCUGGCAGCAGGAAGGAACAGGGCAGUGAUUGUCCCUAUGUACUCAGCUCUGGUGAGGCUGCACCCUCGAGUGCUGUGUCCAGUUUUGGACCUUCACUGCAAGAAAGAUAUUGAGGCCCUGGAACAUGUUCAAAGGAGGGCAACAAAGCUGGUGAGGGGUCUGGAGCACAAUGGGGCCUUAUGAGGAGCAGCUGAGGGAGCUGGAUUGUUAGUGUGGAGAAGAGGAGGCUCAGGGGAGACCUCAUUGCUGUCCAUAACUACCGGAAGGGAGGUUGUGGUGAGCUGGGGUCGGCCUCUUCUCUCGUGUAACAGUGAUAGGACUUGAGGGAAUGGCAUCAAGCUGCGCCAGGGGAGGUUUAGGCUGGAUGUUAGGUAAUACUGCUUAUCUGAAAGAGUGGUCAGGCAGUGCAAUGGGCUGCACAGGGAGGUGUGGAGUCACCGACCCUGGAGGUGAUCAAGGAACGUUUGGAUUUUGUGUUUUUGUGUUGAGGGACAAGGAUUAGUGAGAUCUAUUGGUGGUGGGUGGAUGGUUGGACUGGGUGAUCCUGUAGGUCUUUUGCAGCCUUGGUGACUCUGUGAUUCUGUAAUUCUGUGAUUGGAUGAGUAAUAAGACUUGAUGUUUUCCAGGUCUGCAUAAGACUGCUUUAGCCCACACGGCUUUGGGAUGUGCUCCUCAUACUUGUAUCUUAAGUUUGCAGAACAGUGUCAGUGACCAAAAGCUCUGAACUCCCAGAGCUUUUCCACAGCCUCGUGGGGAGAUGGAGGUGGGUGGACCUGUCCACAGGAUUACAAAGGAUUGGAGAGCGGGGCUGGCUUCUGCAGAGUGAUUCCUGUUCCUGAGCCUGUGCAGUUUCAUAUGGAAUGAUUCGGUAUUGACAUGGGAUGUAAUUUUACAGCUGAUAUUUAGAAAUAAAGCAGGAGGCAAGUCCUGAACCCUGGGUGAGUCACCAGGUGCUGUGAUUUAGCUGGAAUUUCCAAUGUGUUGUGUUGUGCUGAGAGGAGCAAAGUGACAGGAUGAGGCCAGGGAGAUCAGUUUUGUUGGCUGUGUCUUUUCCGCUGUAACAAAUACAUUCCUUCAACUUUGGUGAUUGAGGAAUGGUAGAGAUUUGGAUUUGGAGUGCUGUGUCCUGAGAGAGAGAUUGCAAAACUGGUUUUAAAAAUGAUAUAAAUGAAUAGAU